GUUCCUUCCUUAGCAGUUAAGUAAGUAUCACUGUCUGCUGCUGUUGCGUAGGAGAAACACGCACCGCUUCACCUCGGAGGUGGCUGUCUGACAUAAACAGCACUUGUAUAAAACGGCAGCAAAAAAAAAAAAAAAAAUUAUAAUAAUAAUGCUUUCAGUCACUCUGGACAACAGUGGGUCUCCAAAGAAGCGGACGUUCUCGCGUAGCGAGGAUGAAUCGCUCCGUAGCAUCAUACGGGAGUCUGAGAGCUCACCCAGGCGUCUGACACGAAGCGACAGCCGACCAGGGACAUUGAAGAGGAGACCUGACAGCCUGGUAAAGGAGCAAUCUGACCAGGACCUCUCAAUGGGACUUCCAGAAAUGCUGGAGCUGCAGGCCAGCUACGACGAGGCGGUGCACGAGCUGCGUGGGCUGGAGGUGGAGCGUGAGGCUCUGUUGUUCCAGGUGGACGUCCUGCAGGACACGCUGGAGGGUGUGGAGGAGCUGCUGGCCGAGACCCAGAGAGAGGCCGGACAGGCUAAUGCGGAGCUGGAGCAAGAGCGGGGGGCCAAGAGGAAACUGGAGCAUUUGGUCCGCUCUCUGAUGCAGGAAAUGGAGACAUUAAAAGAGGAAAGAAAUAGCUGCUUGCAUAUAUCAGGACACACAAAUGAAAGUGAAGUGGAUUCAGAGAGACGACGAUGUCAAAUGAACGAUCCUGCCAAGGUAGCCACACAGUCUACCUUUGCCAGUGAAGCGACUGCUCCGUCAGAGGAUGUGUGUCCAGCUAAGGGAGAUGAAGGGAGCCUUGUGACCAAAGUGAAGUGGAUGACCAAUCCUGCUCCCUCCUUCGCACUGGACGAUCUCCUCCCUGAAGACGGGGUGCACCGCAGGCCUUACAAUAGCGGCAACAAAGGCGGACGAGACUUGUCCCCGGACAAGAGCGACUCGGACACCGCAAGUACGUACGAAGACGCGUCUGCGGACACUCCCGAGCAGGACGUCCCUUUGGAGUUGCCUCGUGACUCGGCAAGUAAAGACAACACCGACUCCCAGGAGCCUCAAAACGGCCGUAACUGCAUUGUGUCUUAAUUUAUUUAGAAACCACCACACACCCUUUUUCAAAGCUACCAGUCUCAGGUGGUUCACAAGCUGAUUAUUUGCCAAUCAUUCUUUACUACGUGUCUUACUAUUCUAUUUUAUACGCUUUCAAGAAGUGUUUAUUAGCUGCUUCUUGAACAAGAAAGUUUAUUUCUAUACCGCGAAACCACCGUAAGCCCCAUAAAUACACUGUCUACAGUACGUUCUCAUCAAUGUGGCUGCCGUUUGGGCUUAUAUUGUUUUUGGAAGACUACGGAUGGUCUUUGAUGCUUGUAUUCAGCGAGUUAUAUUAAAAGAAGAACCACUAUUUAUUCACUGCCUGACUGAGUGACUUUAAAGGAUAAAUGGUUGUAUUUUUGUCUUUUGUAUUUUCCGGGAAAUUGGCUGCAUUUGCACUUUUUUUUGCAGCUUUGUACUUUGAAAACAUUCCCUUUAGAACCAAACAGUCCUCUGUCUGCAUGGAAAGACUGUAUGGUUGCACAAUUUGUAGUCCCAACUUUUUUUUUUUUAAGGAAAGUUAUAAUUUUUUUUUACAGCCAUUGGGAGCUGUUGAUCGCAUGAACAUCUGUCAUUUUUAUUUCCAUGUAGCACAUAGUCUUUAUGCCAUUUUAUCAUGAACUACAAUGAACACAUCAAUUAUUUACAAUUAUUCAUGCUAAUGCAAUUAAUAUGUUCAUCAUCUUGUGGGUGUUGAGCAUUUCUAAUGAUUUGUAUACUCAGUCUGUCAGCAUGACUUUUUGUCCUAAUACUUGAUUAGCUGCAGUGUUUUCCACACAAAGCUCUGAUGGCUGUCUACUUAGAUCACUGGCAUCGUGUUGCUGUAGUAGGGCAUUCUCAAACAAGUCCGUUUGUAUUACACAAUCCAAGUUCAUGUUAUGAGGGACUCUGACCGAGGAUGUUGUUUUGCUGUAAAGUACUCUUGACUUUCAAAUAGUUCUUUUGUUUCCUCAACAUGUUCACUCAACAGUUUUUUUCCUCUUAAGUAAUCUGCUUUUUUCAAGAAGAGAAUGCAAAAAAAUAUAUAAUUGUCAAUUUUUUGUAUCUGAAUAAUUUUUAAUUCUGAAGUAAAUGUUAAGCUGUAGGAGAACAUGACCGAUUUGUUGAUACUGAAUGAAAAUUUUGGAAUAAAAGGACUUAAUCAA